ACAAAAUGGAGGACAGCCACACAAUACUGGGAAUCAUGGCCUAGCCAAGUUGACACACAUUUUUUGGGGACACAAUUCAAUCCAUAAAAGGCCCUUUUACAAUUCCAUGUGAAUUUAAGGGUUGACUUUUCUAUUUAACCACAAAAGACGAUUGGAAUUUUGAUAGGGAUUAUGUUGAAUCUCUAGAUUGCUUUGGGUAGUAUUGAUAUCUAAACAGUAUUAAGUUUUCUAAUCUAUGAAUACAGGAUGUCUUUCCAUUUAUUUAGGUCUUCUUUAAUUUCUUCCAGCAGUGUUGUAUAGUUUUCAGUUUACUAGUCUUUCACCUGCCUUGUUUAAUUUAUCUCUUGGUAUUCUUUUUGAUGCUAUUAUAAAUGAGAUUGUUUUCUUGAAUUCCCUUUCAGAUGUUCUUGUGUAUGGAUCUUGGACGUUGUCACUUUGCAGAAUUCACUUAUUAGAUCUAGUAGCUUUUUUGUGGAUCCUUGUGAUUUUCUAUAUAUAGGAUCAUGUCAUCUUCUAGUAGAGGCAGUUUUACUUCUUCCUUUUCAGUUUGGAUACCUUUUGUUUUUCUUGCAUAAUUGCUCUAGCUGGAAAUUCCAGUAUAGUGUUGAAUAGCAGUGGUGAAAGUGGUUAUCCUUGACUUAUUCCUGAUCUCAGGAGAAAAGCUUUCAGACUUUCACCAUUGAGUAUGCUGUUAGCUGUGGGUUUUUCCUGUGUGCCCUUUAUCACGUUGAGGACUUCCCCUUGUAUUCCUAAUUUGCUGAUUAACAGUUUUUAUUUAAUGCUUUAUAUAAUAGUUUUUCAGAAAUUAAUAUUUUCCUCUGUUCUAAAGUAUUUCUAUUCUUUUUUUAUUGACUGUAUACUUACCUCUCUUAUAGGACAUGCUGGUGUGUCUGCAAACAUGAUGAAGAAAAGAACUUCCCACAAAAAACAUCGGAGCAGUGUGGGGCCCAGCAAACCUGUUUCCCAGCCCCGGCGGAACAUCGUGGGCUGCAGAAUUCAGCAUGGGUGGAAAGAAGGGAAUGGACCCGUCACACAGUGGAAAGGAACAGUUCUGGAUCAGGUUCCUGUAAAUCCUUCAUUGUAUCUUAUAAAAUACGAUGGAUUUGACUGUGUUUAUGGACUAGAACUUAAUAAAGAUGAAAGAGUUUCUGCACUUGAAGUCCUCCCUGAUAGAGUUGCAACAUCUCGAAUCAGCGAUGCACAUUUAGCAGACACAAUGAUUGGCAAAGCUGUGGAACACAUGUUUGAGACGGAGGACGGUUCUAAAGAUGAAUGGAGGGGAAUGGUGUUAGCACGUGCGCCCAUCAUGAACACGUGGUUUUACAUCACCUAUGAGAAAGAUCCCGUCUUGUACAUGUACCAGCUCUUAGAUGAUUAUAAAGAGGGUGACCUUCGCAUCAUGCCUGACUCUAAUGAUUCACCUCCAGCAGAAAGGGAACCAGGAGAAGUUGUGGACAGCCUGGUAGGCAAACAAGUGGAAUAUGCCAAAGAAGAUGGCUCCAAAAGGACUGGCAUGGUCAUUCAUCAAGUAGAAGCCAAACCAUCUGUCUAUUUCAUCAAGUUUGAUGAUGAUUUCCAUAUUUAUGUCUACGAUUUGGUGAAAACAUCCUAGAUGUCAUCGCAAACUUUGCCAAAUUUGUGGAACUAUUAAAUGUAUAAUUUGUAGACAUAAAGACUUGAUUGCUUUCCAGUUUAAUGAAAGCUUAAAUGUCCCUGCGAACCCACAAUCUCUGCCAGCAAAACUGUUUUGUUCUCAGUGGUACAGAUUUAUGUGAACACAAAGCAUUUUGUGUAAGGAACUCCUUCCUCUUAAAAGAAGUCUGUUUCUUUGGAGAGGAGUUACAGGCAAUUUGGUAACAGUUAAGCUAAUAUCAUAAUCAUCUAAAACUGUAAUAGAUCUUAACCAUUUUCUCCUUCACCCUAACUCUCUUAUUCUGCUGCCACAAUGCAAGUGUAGUUUGGUGUUUUUUGUUACUGCCUUUUUGAGAUAUAUAUAUAUAUCUAUACCUAUCUACCUACUUAUCUGUGUAUCUAUGUGUGUAUAUAUAGAGAGUACAUAUUUAUACACAUAGAUAUAUGUAUUUUCUCUCUCUCUCUCUGUCUCUCUAUUGGCAGUCCUUUCUUUGUGGAUUGGAUAAGGGGUUAAAUAAUUUUCUCCAGUUUAACAGGAGUGCUUGACCCGAGUCAGUCAUAUAUACUAUAUUACUCUUUUUUAUUUAAACUUAAAUUUGGACACAGGAAGCACAUAGGGAUGGUCAGCUUUUUCUGAGAAGUGAAAGUGCAGUGCACCUUUUAAAUCUGGAGACUUUAAAUGAUAAGUCCAAAUCUGAAUCACUUACAAACACAGUUAAUGACCCACAUUAGACAUUUUACAAACUGGUCAGCUAUCUGGCUACAAGGCUGCCUUUAAUUCUAAGCAUUGUAAUUUUUUGUUGUUGUUGUUACACUUUAAAUUAUAAAUACUUUUAGUAAAACCCAAGUACUUGUCCCACAAAGUAUAAUGCAGGUAUAUUUUGGAUGUCACAUUUGGCCCAUUAUUUGUACAAAUUAGAAACCUGGAUUUUAAUAUGAAUUUAAAAGGUAACAGCACAUCAGUGGUUUGUGUGUGUUUUAAGUUCCUGGAAGAACACAGUACUUUUAUAUUAGAAAUGUAAGUUUUAAGAAUGACAUUGUUGCCUUUAACAAGUUCUUUGGGAUUCUUUUCUUUUUUAUUACUGUUAUUAUUGAUAUAUGAUUAUGGUCAAAAGGCUUUUUCUCCCUGGCUUUUCCCCACAAAGAAUGUCUUCUUAAAUAUAUUGAUUGAUGCCUUUUGUCGUGUUUUAUGUCCUUGCUUACAGUACGCUGUUAAUGUGGAUUCCAUUCAGUGGACUCUAGGAUUUUGCAUGUCAGUGAUGUUUUACCAUAUAAGGUUCCAUCGUCUAUGUUAGCUUCCGGGUGUAAGUAAUAGGAGCCCUUAGCCACAGAAUCCUUUUAUGGUUUAUUCCUGCAAAGUAGUUUUAAACCGAAAUAGAACCGCAAAAAUGGUUGGUUUAGCACCAGAAUUGCCACAUAUCACUUUGUUUUGGAUGCAUGUUGGUGGUUUGAAAGCAAGGAGAAAAAGCAGUAUGUGAAACCAGUCUCUCUAAUGGAGAGGCUCAGACCUGCGAUUUGACCUUGUCUGUUUAGUGUACAGAAGGCCAACCGUGUGAGCUUUCGGUCAACACCAGAGGUUUUGAAUCAGAGGGCCGAGGGAGCUCUUUGCUGUGGCUGUUCCUGAUGUUAGAGGUUGGGAGUUUUAGCGUCUCCGCAGGUUUUGCUUGACUCCCAUUCUAGCCUUAAGGUGUGUGUCUCAUCGUGCUGUUGGAUGGUACCAGCUACUGUCCAUGGCUUCGUUGGGCCCAGUUUUUCACCCUGGGCAACCAAAGGCAAGCUUCCAAUGCAGUACGAAAGCACUGAGUGCCCAGGUCAUAGGUGUUUGAACGAGUUUCAUACGCAGAUCUGGUGUUUUUCUGUUGUCUCCCAUUUUGUUUUGAGUCCCUGCAUGUAUAUCUCAAGGCUGAGCCUGGCUCCAUGAGCCCAAGCUGAUAUUUGUGACACAACAGUGAGUGUAUCCAGCACACGCAAUAUGUGCAUAACAUGGUACAGUGAAAAAUAAAGUUCGUUUUGAAGUAUCCUGAGGGUUGGGUCAACUGAAACGUUUUUAGCAUUACCUAAUGACUUGCAUUGUGGAUUUUCUGCAAGCAGCUUCAGCAACUUUACUACACCACAUGAUCUGCUAAUCUGUAGGUGAAUGUGACAUGUAAUUAUUAUUUUAAUAAUUGUUCCAUUUAUUGCUUAUAGGGUUGAGGGAAGAGGAAGGAUAUUUGUUUUGUUUUGUUUUUUCCAUUCUUUUGGUGGCUUAAACCACAUUGAUGCUGUGACUUUACACCAUAGCUCUUGUGUCUUUGGCUUCAUUUGAGGCUCAUGGUUCAGAUCUCUGCAUGUGUUGCUUGCAUUUUCCUGGUCUAAAUGUUGGUUCCUUGUUCUCGGAAUUUAGCAUUAACUUCCAGAAUUAUCACGGGGCUUGUGAUGACACAAGACAUGAAUCUGUGUAUAAAAUUUAUUGGCCUUUCUCAUUUACCUGCUAUAGUAUUACUGUAUUUUGUGUGUGUGUGUGUGUGUGUGUGUGUGUGUGUGUGUGUGUGUAUGAGAGAGAGAGAGAGAGAUAGAGAGAGAGGUCAGGCUGCCAUGUAAAGCUUCAAAGAAAAAUCUUAAAAGCAGACCAUCCUUUUUUGCAUGCUCUAUUCUAAGUAGAAUGUUCAAUGUAACUAACUAAAAUUGCAUGUUAAAGGUAUCUAGGUUUUUUGUUUUCUUUGUUUUCAGUUUUCUGUAUAUUUGCUUACUGUGCUGUUGUAGUGGUCGUAGGAUAAAAUGCACUGGUGAAGCAAAUGUAGUGCCAACAGAAGGUAGUUUUCCACUUGUAUAUGUCAUGCAGCAUUUGAAGGGACUGUGUAUUCUUAAAAAAAAUCACAGUUACUUCUAAAAACAGAUUUCAUUUCUAUUAUUGUUUUAUGUGCCAAACCCCAAAGUGCAUUGGACUUGAAUUUUUGCAAGCUGUAGACCCAUUAGAAGACUGUUUUGAUUGUCACAAAUUGUUAGUGCCUAAAAUCAUUCUUAAGCUGAUUGUCUUAAAAAAAAAAAAAGAAAAGAAAAUUCUCCAAAGACAAAACAGAAACAAUUAUUAUGACAGAAAGUAAUUAUGGUUGAAAUGUUUGUGGUUCCUUGGAAAUGCUGCGCUUUUUGUAUUUUACAUCAUUAGUGCAGUUUGAAUGAAAGUGUACAGUUCAGAGGUCUUCGUGUUCACAUUUUAAAAUUAGGUAAAUGACCUCAUCUUUAGAGCUUGAAUUCAUUUUUAAUUUUCAUUUUAUUUUAUACAAUGUGUAUACAGUUCCCUGUUCUCUGCAUUUAGAAGUAUAAACAAUAUAAAUCUGUUAAUUCUGUAAGUAAUUUUUAUAAUUAUGAUGUAACUCUAUCCUAUUCUCAAAACAUUUAAAAUAAACCCUUUAUGUGCAA